AUGUCCGACACUCGGAUCGAAUCGCUGUGCAACUAUUGCGCCAAGAUACCUCUCGACCCUGCGGUCCUAGACAGCCUCCCCGAACAGUCGGCCUUCUGGAGUCUAGGGCCAGGUGCGAGGGUGAAGCAGAGCCUAUGCCCCUUUUGCCGCCUGGUAGAGUCCGUCUUCUUUGCUGACCAGCGCUUUGGCGGCAAUGACUGGACCACCCGGGUCCUCUCCGACGUCGGUGAUGUGGUCGUCGAGUGGUACCGCGACGUCGGCCCUAGCAGGCGCGGCGCCUUUACCGUCGAGUUGGCUGAGCAGCAUUACAUUUGCUUCGGCGAUGCUGCGUCUUCUGUCGUCGGAAGCACCACGGCAACCCAGCUCCACUGUUACGUUCGGGAAACCUUGGCGCCUGAGAUUGACCUCGACCGUAUAGAUGCCUGGAUAUCGACCUGCUCCAAGGAGCACGCCGCCACUUGCUGUCCCUCCUUUCCGCCCGGCUCCUCUUCCGACAGCCCAAUCGAGAACCCCGCCGAUAGUCCCCAGGUGCGGUUGUAUCGCUUGAUCGAUGUCGGGCGCAACUGCUUGGUGGAGAGACGAACCUUCUGCAAAUACGCCGCUCUCAGCUAUGUCUGGGGAGCUGUCCCAAACUUCAGACUCACCACGGCCAACAUGAGCGCACUGUGCCAGGAAGGGGCUCUUGAGAGACUGCACCACAAGCUUCCCCGGACGGUGAAAGAUGCUAUGGCUUUGGUCCGCCGUCUGGGACUGCAAUAUCUCUGGGUGGACGCCUUAUGCCUUCUCCAAAACGACCCCGCUGACAUCAACGCUGGUGUUGGAUUCAUGGACGAGAUUUACGAGUCUUCUUGGCUCACUAUCGUUGCCGCAUGUGGCCAUGACGCCAAUGCAGGCCUCCCGGGGGUGCGCGAGGGAAGCCGCCAGGCGUCAGAACUGACUGUCCAAGUGAAGCCUGGGUUGUUCCUCGGCAUCCACACUGACAUGGACCUCUUGUUGGACAGCUCGGUAUACAGCACAAGGGCAUGGACGCUUCAAGAACAGCUCCUGUCCCGACGGGCACUGUUCUUUGUUGAUGACCGCAUCUUCUUCCGUUGUCGGCUGGCCCAACAUUCAGAGACAUGCAUGGACGAUCCACGCCCCGCUGCCCUUCACGGCCCAUCAGUCCACAGUACGAGCGGGGAGCUCGCUCACAGCAUCCACAUGACCAGGCCGAUCGAGGACUAUUCGACAAUGUUGCUUUACUACACGCAGCGAGCCUUGUCUGACCAGAACGAUGUCCUCCGUGCAAUGACAGGCAUCAUGCACCGAUUCACCGACAAGUUUGCCUGGUCGUUCCUCCAGGGACUGCCGAGAACCGCCGCUUUCGAGGGCUUUUUGAUCUUUAGGUCAAAUUUAACCGUUCUUCGUCGAAGGCCCAACUUUCCCAGCUACUCGUGGGCUGGCUGGGCAGGUGGUGUCGUUUUGGACGCUGUCAUCGACGAAUCUCAACUUGAUAAAUUCUUCGCAAGCAAGACGUGGAUCGAUUGGCACGAGUACGACGGUAACGUUACAUCCCCGGUUCACCCAGGAGGCGCGGAAUCCUGGUACGGCCACUGCACCAACGGGAUGGACAUGCUUCAGGCGGUCACAAAAAGGGUACACACGAAGAACUCGCUACAGAGGCUAGCCAAGAAGACGCUUCCGCGAGCGCCCGUAGCUCUUCAGCCCGGAGACAGCCGAGUCUUUCGGCAACCCAGCAGGCAAUCGUAUCCACUUCUGCGGUUCUGGACCAUGUCCGUGUUCUUCGACAUUGACAUGGCGACUAUGGACGUCUUUCUGGCCUCGGCAAGCAUCACCACCAGGGAGUCGCAGGACUGCGGCCGCGUCUGGCUGGAUGGAUUCGAAGACAUGCCCUUCUUCUCGUCUUCGGGGCCUUUUGAAUUUAUCCUCCUGUCGGAACGUGGUGGCGCGAGCUAUAAUGCCAUGUUGCUAGAGUGGGACGGCGACCAGGUGGUAGCGGAACGACGCGGCAUCGGCUACAUCCACAAGCACUCUCUUCAGCUGAGCCACCGGCCUGGACCGGUCUGGAAAGAGAUAUUGCUGGGGUGA